GUGGGAUGACAUCAUCUUCUCCUGAUGUGGUGCUGGUGCAGUCGCGAGACGCAGAAGCAUCUUUCCUUCUCUCACACACAUAUAUGUUAACAGCAAAGGUACCUUACUAUGGCAGACAAGAGUGAGCUCAAAGCUGAGCUGGAACGAAAAAAGCUACGGCUAGCACAGAUCAGAGAAGAGAAAAAGAGAAAAGAGGAAGAGAAGAAAAAGAAAGAUGGUGAUUUCAAGAAAGAGACCUCUUCUGCUUCACAGGUUGAAUUGGACCUGGAGAGAAAACGUAAAGAGACUGAAGCACUACUUCAAAGUAUUGGCAUAACUACAGAGCCCUCCAUGGUCCAUUCUCCUAUUUCCCCAUCGAACAAAUCGCUGGGAACGCCAAGUGAAUCUGAGAGCCAGGAAUCUGUGGAGGGCACAGUUGGAUCCCGGACGCUGCAGUGGGAUACAGAUCUAUCUGUGCUUCAACUUCAGACUGAUUCUGAAAUGCGACAUCGCCUGCAAAAGCUAGGAGUAGCCAGAGUUACCCAUGUGGAUAUCGCACCUUGUGAACGCCUUGCUCACAGUAAGGAAACACAGACACCAGUGGUUGCUAAACCGGAUGAAGGUGGGCAAGAAAGACAAGAAACAAUGUUUUCUCUGACAACUAUAAAUGAAGCAGAGACUGAAACACCUGAAGAAACUCAAGAGGAAAGAGAGGAAGGACAUCAAGUGAAUCGGCAUGAACUAACAGAGGAUGAAAAGGAAAAAAUUCUUCAAUCAGAUUCAUUUCGGUCCUUCUUUGAUCACAGCUCUAAGGUGAUUGAGCAAGCUCUGACUGAACAUGUUGACAUCUUUUUUGACUACAGUGGACGCAACCUCGAUGAUAAAGAAGGAGAGGUUCAAGCGGGAGCCAAGCUGUCUCUGAACAGGCAGUUUUAUGAUGAAAAUUGGUCAAAGGAUCGUGUUGUCACUUGUCUGGAUUGGUCACAGCAGUGUCCAGAACUACUGGUUGCAUCAUAUACUAACAAUGAAGAUGCUUUGAAUGAACCUGAUGGCGUAGCCCUUAUAUGGAACAUGAAGUUUAAGAAGACCACUCCAGAGUACAUCUUUCACUGUCAGUCAAAAGUUAUGUCUGCCUGCUUCGCACAGUUUCAUCCAAACCUGAUGGUGGGUGGAACGUAUUCUGGUCAGAUUGUUCUUUGGGACAAUCGCAGUAGCAAGAAGACACCUGUCCAGCGGACUCCACUAUCUGCUGCAGCUCACACACACCCUGUGUAUUGUGUGAAUGUCGUUGGCACUCAAAAUGCUCAUAACUUGGUCAGCGUUUCCACUGAUGGAAAACUGUGUACGUGGAGCUUGGACAUGCUGUCUCAGCCACAGGAUAGUAUUGAGCUGGUACACAAGCAGUCAAAGGCAGUUGCCGUAACCUCCAUGUCCUUCCCACUGGGGGAUAUCAAUAACUUUGUCGUGGGCAGUGAAGAAGGCUCAGUGUAUACAGCUUGUCGCCUUGGCAGCAAAGCUGGAAUUAUUGAGAUGUUUGAAGGACACCAGGGUCCAGUGACAGGAAUCCAUUGUCACACAGCAACAGGAGCAGUGGACUUCUCUCAUCUUUUCAUCACUUCAUCAUUUGACUGGACUGUGAAGCUUUGGUCAACGAAGAGCAACAAGUCAUUGUAUUCGUUCGAGGACAGUUCAGACUAUGUGUUUGAUGUCAUGUGGUCCCCUCUCCACCCUGCACUCUUUGCAUGCGUUGAUGGAAUGGGCCGACUCGAUCUUUGGAAUUUAAAUGAAGAUACUGAGGUGCCUACUGCAAGUAUCACCAUGGAGGGAAACCCUGCAUUACAUCGUGUACGCUGGGCACAGUCAGGGCGAGAGAUUGCCGUGGGAGAUUCUGAAGGUCAAGUGUUAAUCUAUGAUGUUGGUGAGCAAAUCGCUGUUCCCCGGAGUGAUGAAUGGAACAGCUUUGCCCAAACGCUUGUUGACCUCAAAGCAAAUGGAAACGACGCAGAAGAGGAAGCAACAACAGAAAUGAGCUGCGAAGUACAAGAAGUACCUCCCUGAGAUUUUUCAAUCAAUGUAUUGCUAGCAUUAUGAAUGCAAAUAAAGUACAGAACAUUCCUGCAAUAUAAAUAACAUGCUUCUGUUUUCUUUUUAUAUAUAGAGAUAACAUAUACAGAUGUUGCUUGACUGUUAUAUUAACUUUACAUAGUUACUUAAACAAUGAAAUUCUCAGUCUAAUACAAAAGAAUCUACAAAUUUUAUUUACUUUCAACUAUAUUAAGGACUUGCAUUCUACAGUACCCUUAAGAAUGCCUCAGUUAAUUUUAUAGUCUGUUGUUACAGCAUUAUGUCAGUGACUGGACAAUGUAGGAAAUGUGCUUUUGAAGAAAAAAGCUGGGAAAACCUGUAACAGUUGUAGAUUCCCUCACCUCUCGUUGAUUUGGUUUUAAAUACAACUGUCAUUUGUGAAAGAGGAGCAGCACCAUAAUGAAAUAUGAUGGGUAAAGGCAAAAAAAUACUGGAAGAAGCAAACAGAAACUUUACAACUUAUUCGUAGUGUUUGGAAGGCUUUGAUUUUUCACUGGAUUAUUAAUCACUACCAGAUCUUUCAAUGGAAAGGGCAAAUACUAACCCAUGUACUGCCACUAAGUGUGAUUCUUAAUUAUUACAAAUGGAACAACUGUCAAUUUCCCUGUCACUUCUGGGUAGCACGAUAUUAAUACGCAGCAGCCUCUCCAGACUCUGGAUUGGGGAUUGCCAAACGUUAUGUGGAUUUUCUGGUGUAGUCUGUUUUGUCAUGUGUUUUUGUGAUAUCAUUCUGGAGGGACGUUGUCUCAUUUUUUAACUGCAUUGCAUUUGUGGUUUUUAAAUGACAAUAAACUGAAUCUGAAAAGCAAGGGUGUAUUGAGAAAGAGAAAUGUGGUUUUGAUGAUUUUGGUCAGUUCAAUAAAUGUGUGAAUAAAUUCAAGAUACAAAGCCCACAUAACUAGUUCUCAGUGUAGCAGUUUAUUCCAAUAGCACUUUAUGGUCAAAGAACUACUUUCAAGUGAAAUGACUCAUAAUACAGAAACGUGGCAUACUACAAGCUCCUACAAAGGAUAAAUGGCCUCAACACCAAGAAUAACUUCUUACUCUUUCUGAAAAUAGCACCAAGAAUAGUCCACCCAAGAGCAUAGAUGAGCCUUAAUUUAAAGGAAGCUAUGACAGUGCAGGGACACUAAUACCCUUGUAGUACUGGAUUUGGGAGCCUCAGUCUAGAUCUUUCUGCUUGAAUGUUGGGUGUGGGACUCAAAUCCACAACUUCCUGGCUGAAAUUGUGUCAGAGCCACAACUGAUACAAUGUUCAAAGCUGCUCCCAGCAUGUCCUUCUACACGCUUCACUGGACCAGAGUUAGUCCCCUGGACUGACAGUAAAGGUGGAGUGAGGGAUGUGCCAGGCCAUGAGUUUACACAUUGUGGAGAUGGAUCAUCUCUGCUGCUGACAAUCUACAGCAUCUCAUGGAUGCCCAGUUCUCAUCUGUCAGAUCAGUUCUGAGUCUGUCCCAUUGAAUACAGUUGCAGUGCCACACAACCUCAUGGAGGGGCUGCUCGGUAUGAAGGUAGUACUUCAGCUCCACGAGGACUGUGCAGCAGUCGCUUCUACUCACGUUAUUGUGGACAGAUUUAGCAUUGAAUUUGCCCUCUUAAAUUCACAAUCCUAGUCUGAAUAAGAAACUGCAGCGUUGCUUGUCAACCUCAUUCAGGUCCUGGAUCUCUUGUUUCUCCUCAAGGUGAUGGCAUCAGACCAUGCUUCAAGCCCACCAAUCACACAGAAGGGGGGGGGGCAUUUCUAAUGAGGGGCCAAAUACCACUGGAUGUCCUAACAAAUGGUAGUCCAAUUGGGAAAACUAUGGGAAGGCUGUCUCAAUAGGAGAGAGUGAGACAGAAACAGCUGAGGAAUGUUAUUUUAGUGGAUCUUCAGAUUUAUCAUGAACAGCAAUCUGAAUCUGAUGGUUGGAAAGGCAAGUAACAUAUUAGAUUAUAUUAGCAGAGGGACAAAAUCCAAAUCCAAAAGUACAAAACUUUGGUAUAAAUGAACAGAACCACUGGCAAGCAUAUAUUAAUGAUCUAGUGUGCUCAUAGGGUUUUGAUACACAGUGGCCCAGAAGCUGUAGGAAUGAUGCAUCAGUUUGUGUUGCAAAUUCAUUUUUUACAUCAACCUUCAGCCUGUAUAACAUUGACACUGCUGAUUACUUCAAUGCUAGAUUGUUACUGGCUCAGCAUAUCAUCAGGGCAUGUAUGUUCAAAUGUUCAUUUAUUAUCAAAGUAUGUAUCUGUACACAACUCUGAGAUUCAUCUUCUCCAGAUGACCAAGAAACAAAGCAAGAACAUGAAAGUCAUUUAAAGAGAAACAUCAAACCCACCCCGUCACCAAAAAGAAUGGCAUCCCGAUCAUCAACCCCACCUCCCCUGCACAAAAUGGAACAAGAACAUUGACCCAAGUCCCUAACGCCUUCACAAAAAUGCAACAAGAACAUCG